UGAGUUUUCGGAACUCUCCAGAAAGUGCGUAAUUUUAUUCCAAGCUGCGAUUAUAAAAAAAGUAAAGGUGAAUUUUAUUCCGUGUGCUACCGACAGAAGAUUUCCUGCGUGAAGAAAACAGUUUUUGAGAAUGCAGAUCUUCGUCAAGACCUUGACCGGUAAGACCAUCACUCUGGAGGUCGAACCUUCGGAUACCAUCGAGAAUGUGAAGGCCAAGAUCCAAGACAAGGAAGGUAUUCCUCCAGAUCAGCAGCGUUUGAUCUUCGCUGGAAAGCAGCUCGAGGAUGGUCGUACUUUGUCCGACUACAACAUCCAGAAGGAAUCCACCCUUCAUCUGGUCCUUCGUCUGCGAGGCGGCAUGCAGAUCUUCGUGAAGACUCUCACGGGAAAGACCAUCACUCUUGAGGUCGAGCCUUCGGACACCAUCGAAAACGUCAAGGCCAAGAUUCAGGACAAGGAAGGCAUCCCGCCAGAUCAACAGCGUCUGAUCUUUGCUGGUAAGCAGCUCGAGGAUGGUCGUACUUUGUCCGACUACAACAUCCAGAAGGAAUCCACCCUUCAUCUGGUCCUUCGUCUGCGAGGCGGUAUGCAGAUCUUCGUGAAGACCUUGACCGGUAAGACCAUCACUCUGGAGGUCGAGCCUUCGGACACCAUCGAAAACGUCAAGGCCAAGAUUCAGGACAAGGAAGGCAUCCCGCCAGAUCAACAGCGUCUGAUCUUUGCUGGUAAGCAGCUCGAGGAUGGUCGUACUUUGUCCGACUACAACAUCCAGAAGGAAUCCACCCUUCAUCUGGUCCUUCGUCUGCGAGGCGGUAUGCAGAUCUUCGUGAAGACCUUGACCGGUAAGACCAUCACUCUGGAGGUCGAGCCUUCGGACACCAUCGAAAACGUCAAGGCCAAGAUUCAGGACAAGGAAGGCAUCCCGCCAGAUCAACAGCGUCUGAUCUUUGCUGGUAAGCAGCUCGAGGAUGGUCGUACUUUGUCCGACUACAACAUCCAGAAGGAAUCCACCCUUCAUCUGGUCCUUCGUCUGCGAGGCGGUAUGCAGAUCUUCGUGAAGACCCUCACGGGCAAGACAAUUACUCUUGAGGUCGAGCCAUCGGACACCAUCGAGAACGUCAAGGCCAAGAUUCAGGACAAGGAAGGCAUCCCGCCAGAUCAACAGCGUCUGAUCUUUGCUGGUAAGCAGCUCGAGGAUGGUCGUACUUUGUCCGACUACAACAUCCAGAAGGAAUCCACCCUUCAUCUGGUCCUUCGUCUGCGAGGCGGUAUGCAGAUCUUCGUGAAGACCUUGACCGGUAAGACCAUCACUCUGGAGGUCGAGCCAUCGGACACCAUCGAGAACGUCAAGGCCAAAAUCCAGGACAAGGAAGGUAUUCCUCCAGAUCAGCAGCGUUUGAUCUUCGCUGGAAAACAGCUCGAGGAUGGUCGUACUUUGUCCGACUACAACAUCCAGAAGGAAUCCACCCUUCAUCUGGUCCUUCGUCUGCGAGGCGGUAUGCAGAUCUUCGUGAAGACCUUGACCGGUAAGACCAUCACUCUGGAGGUCGAGCCUUCGGACACCAUCGAAAACGUCAAGGCCAAGAUUCAGGACAAGGAAGGCAUCCCCCCAGAUCAACAGCGUCUGAUCUUUGCUGGUAAGCAGCUCGAGGAUGGUCGUACUUUGUCCGACUACAACAUCCAGAAGGAAUCCACCCUUCAUCUGGUCCUUCGUCUGCGUGGUGGUAUGCAGAUCUUCGUGAAGACCUUGACCGGUAAGACCAUCACUCUGGAGGUCGAGCCAUCGGACACCAUCGAGAACGUCAAGGCCAAAAUCCAGGACAAGGAAGGUAUUCCUCCAGAUCAGCAGCGUUUGAUCUUUGCUGGUAAGCAGCUCGAGGAUGGUCGUACUUUGUCCGACUACAACAUCCAGAAGGAAUCCACCCUUCAUCUGGUCCUUCGUCUGCGUGGUGGUAUGCAGAUCUUCGUGAAGACCUUGACCGGUAAGACCAUCACUCUGGAGGUCGAGCCAUCGGACACCAUCGAGAACGUCAAGGCCAAGAUUCAGGACAAGGAAGGCAUCCCGCCAGAUCAACAGCGUCUGAUCUUUGCUGGUAAGCAGCUCGAGGAUGGUCGUACUUUGUCCGACUACAACAUCCAGAAGGAAUCCACCCUUCAUCUGGUCCUUCGUCUGCGUGGUGGUAUGCAGAUCUUCGUGAAGACCUUGACCGGUAAGACCAUCACUCUGGAGGUCGAGCCAUCGGACACCAUCGAGAACGUCAAGGCCAAGAUCCAGGACAAAGAAGGUAUUCCUCCAGAUCAGCAGCGUUUGAUCUUCGCUGGAAAGCAGCUCGAGGAUGGUCGUACUUUGUCCGACUACAACAUCCAGAAGGAAUCCACCCUUCAUCUGGUCCUUCGUCUGCGAGGCGGUAUGCAGAUCUUCGUGAAGACCCUUACGGGCAAGACCAUUACUCUGGAGGUCGAGCCAUCGGACACCAUCGAGAACGUCAAGGCAAAGAUCCAGGACAAGGAAGGCAUUCCUCCAGAUCAACAGCGUUUGAUCUUCGCUGGUAAACAGCUCGAGGAUGGUCGUACCCUUUCCGACUACAAUAUCCAGAAGGAGUCUACCCUUCACUUGGUCCUUCGUCUUCGCGGUGGAAACUGAAUCAAAAA